UCAUAGAUUUCCACCUUAUACUCACAUGCUAAUGGGCAAUGGACAAGAACAUCAAACUCAAGGAAAUUAAUAAUUCUCUAAAGUCAAUACGAAAUUUCCAUUGAGAAUUAUAUAAAUAAAUAAAACGCGUCUUGACUGACUAGCCAACGGCAAUUUAUGGCAUGAGUUUUUCAUUCCCAAAUGAUUAUGACAAAUCCCAAAAAGAUGCAGAUGAUGCAUUCAACAAAUUCACUGAACAGGCCAACUCUACCAUGAAAUGGGGAGUAGCAGAAUCCUUUGUUAUGGGUGUGGUGAUAAUUAUAGCAAUUGUGGCUAUAGUAUAUGUCAUUAUUGACUGCUUGAAGAAAGUAGGAAAUGCAAUUCCAGGUUAUGCCAGGAUUGCAAACAUUGACAUUGACAAAGCUUCUAAACAAGAAUCUUCUGACCAUAUGACUAUCAGAGUGGAGCCGGAGGUCCCAGUUAAUCAAGACUCACGUAUUCAGUUUGCAACAGUGGAAAGAUUUCUCAGCAAGAUAGCAAGAGAAAAACCUGUCAGGUUCUCACCUCAGCAGAUCGAAGAAAUCACCAAUAACUGCUCCAAGAUAUUGGGUUCAGGCAGCUACGGAGUAGUCUUUGCAGGAGAGUUACCAAACGGAGUGCUAGCAGCUGUCAAGGUUCUCACUAAUCAUUCAAGUAAUAAGAAAAUGGAAGAACAGUUCAUGGCAGAAGUGAGCACUAUAGGAAGAACUUAUCAUGUCAACCUGGUUAGACUCUACGGAUUCUGCUUCGACCCUUCUAUGAUGGCUCUUGUUUAUGAGUACAUGGAGAACGGAUCUCUAAACAAAUUCUUGUUCGACGAAAGACGAGAGACAGAAUGGGAGAAGCUGCAUCAGAUUGCAAUAGGAACUGCGAAAGGCAUAGCUUAUUUACAUGAGGAGUGUGAGCAAAGGAUUGUUCACUACGAUAUCAAACCUGAAAACAUUCUCCUUGAUGACAACUUUAACCCAAAGGUUGCGGAUUUUGGACUGGCAAAGCUAUGUAACAGAAGGGAAAGUAGUAAGGUAGCAUUGAGUGGCGGCAGAGGAACACUUGGAUACUCUGCGCCAGAGGUGUGGGAUCGGAACCAUCCUGUGACUCACAAGUGUGAUGUGUACAGCUUUGGGAUUCUUCUCUUCGAAAUUGUUGCCAGGAGAAGACAUUUUGAUGCUAAUCUUAGCGAGUCCCGCCAAUGGCUUCCGAGAUGGGCAUGGGAUAUGUACAAGAAUAAUGAAUUGGGAGUGAUGCUGGCGCUCUGCGGAAUUGAAGGGAAGGAUAAAGAGAAAGCAGAGAAGAUGUGCAGUGUGGGUUUCUUGUGCAUUCAGGAUUCACCAGAUGCAAGACCUCUGAUGAGUGAUGUGGUGAAGAUGCUGGAAGGAGGCGUGGAAAUACAGCAUCCGCCUCAGAACCCAUUUCAGUAUUUGGAAUCUGCAGCUCAGAACCUGGCAUUGAACAGUGAUAGCAGUAUUGAAGACUCGAGCAUGUCUGAAUAAGGAAGACAACGUUACCUUGCAUCUAGGAAUCGUACUUCUGAAAUUAGUUAGCUGCUUGUUAGCGAUAGGCAACAGUGUCAAGGUUUAUAUAUCUGUAAUAUGAAUCAAUCAUGGACUGAAAUUUACAUUGAAAUUUCAGUAUUUAAUCCCCUAGUUGAAGGACAUUUCAGGAAAA